AUGAGCAGCAGCAGCAAGCGCCAAGCCGCGGCCUUCUCGACGGUCCUGGACCUCGACCACGUCCUUGCGACCAUCGCCAACGUCCCGCUGGCCGCGCUCCACGAGCUCCUGCAAGCUGCGCAGCACCACGUUCUGGCAACGGAGCCAAAGCCUCUGGAUGCACUCUGGCCUCGGCUUCGCCUCGAUGUGAUCACGCCUGCAGCCACCGGUCUGGUGCGCGACGCGAUACCGGUCUUUCCCGCCGCCAGCGCUGGGACCAUGGAUGCUGCUCGACCAAGUGAUCUCGACGCCGUCGAGUGGCUUCGUCUGUGGAGCGCCAAGAUCACGCACUAUAAGCACGUUGAAGGCGUCGCACCCUUUGACUACCCGCACCUCUGCGACCUCUGCGAUGUGCUGCGUGAGUGUACGAAACUCAUCGCCGUCGACGUCAGAGAGGCGAGCGAUGCCGAAAUGAUCCUGGAGGCCGUCACAACGCCCGCGCACCGCGUCCACUCGAUCAGCGUCGAUUGCUAUAUCUUUGACUUCGACUUCGCGACUCUGGACUGUUGGUUAUCGCCGGGCCACGCAGAGCACUUGACCUUUUCGUUCUAUGCGAUCGACGAUGAGGUGAACCCAGCGCUUGUUCCGAUGCUUCUCAAGACCACGGCGCUCUCAAGUCUCGAGCUUUGCCUCUCCGGGGCCGGUUUCCUUGCGCCGCUCGUCGCCGUCGCGCCCUCAUUCUCUCGUUUGACAAGCUUGCGCAUCUUGACGCACCGAGACGACAUGCCAGUGUUGGUGCACUUUCUGCUGCACCUCAACGUCACGAAGCUUUGCACGCUCAGCCUCGAAUGCGACAGCGACGACUUCAACAGUCUUCUUCCCGCGCUGUCAACACUUCCAGCGCUGGAACGCCUGGAACUGAUUGAAGGCUUCCUCAAUAGGCCGUCGCCAACGGCUGUGAUGCUCCCCUCGACGCUUCGGUGCGUCACGUUUGUCCGCAUGAUGUGUACCUCGACCAUGUGGAAUUUGUUUGCGGCCAGCAUCUUCCAACUACGCAUCCUCGACGAGCUCGCGUGGAUCAAGUGCUCGGUUUUCCGUCCUUCGAUUGCAACGGUCCCAAUCUCGGUCGAUGCAGUGCCCGACUGGAUUCAUCGCGGCGGCACCAUUAACGACACGGCUGCCAUGGCGCUGGCGACUGCUCUUCCGCGUACGACGAGCCAUUUCGGUACGAUCCUCACUCUCAGUGGCGCUCCGCUGUCGGUACACAGCUACUUGACCCUGGGCGAAGCACUUGCGUCGUGCCACGGCGUCUCCAUUGUACUGCCGUACUUUGACAGCGAGACGUUUGAAACCGAGGCCGGGAAGCGCCACAUCCGGUACCGCUACGAGCACACCAAGACACUCGUGCUCGAGAGCCCGACCACUUCUCCAUGA